AUGGCUGCGUAUGCUGCUUUCAUUUCUCUCAAGUCCACGAUCCACCACUUCCUAAAAUACUACGACAUCUGCUUAACUCUCCCCUCCUUAAAAAUGUUACAACUUCUAUACAACCAAGUGGAGUCAUUUGAACAAUUUCUCAAUACAUCAGACAGCAGCAGUAGGAAGAGGAUGGAUGAUCGAUUUCAUCAGAUCGCGAUGGCAAUGGAUCAAUUUGAGGAUAUCCUUCUCAUCUACAAGUUAGAGCCGAGCGAAAGAGCACAAUCUGGAGGUGAGAUCGAUGGGUUUCUAGAUCUCGAUCACGUGAAACAAGCCUUCGACGCCAUUACUGCAUCAAUGCAGGAGCUGCAGGCUGAGCACGCCGUCGUUUCACCCAGAGAUUCUAGCGGUAAAUUGGUUGGCUUAUUUGAUCAGUACAAUCAACUCAAGGAGAGAAUCUUCCUUUGCCGCUUUGUUAUCUCAAUCGUUGGGAUGGCCGGCAACGGUAAGACUACUCUCGCUGAGGAAAUCUUGUGCGAUUUUGAUAUCGUGGAAAUGUUCGAGUCUCGUGCUUGGGUAGCAGUGGGCAGUACAUACGACAGAAGAGAUGUUCUGCUUCUGAUUCUCGCUCAAGUGGAUCCUGAUGCUUGCGCAAUGAUCGGUGCAGAGGAAGGUGAUAGGGAAAUAAGCAAGUAUCUGGAGAGGAGUUUGGAGGGUAAGAGGUUCUUGAUCGUGUUUGAUGAUGUGUGGGACGUUGACUUCUGGUACAAUCUGGAGUAUUUACUUCCCAACAAUGGCGACGGAAGCAAAGUCGUGCUCACGACUAGGUCGCGAGAAUUGGGUGAUGGUGCGGAGGCAGUUUUUGAUAUGCGGCUGCUGAGCGAGGAAGAGAGUUGGGAUCUUCUUCGCCACAAGGUGUUUGGUGAAGAGGAUUGCCCUUCUGAGCUGGUCAAAGCUGGGAAGAAGAUUGCAGAGUACUGUGAUGGUCUGCCUCUCACCAUUGUCGCAGUCUCCGGCCUUCUGUCUGAGGCCGACAGGACCUUAAAGUUCUGGAACGAGGUGGCGGCAAGGAAAAGGCAUUGGCUUUUCCUUGCUGCAUAUGAUGGGAUGUUGGAGGUGCUAUAUCCCAGCUACUGGUCCUUGUCUUUACAGUUAAGAAGGUGUUUUCUUUAUAUGGGAGUUUUUCCUCAAGAUUAUAAGAUCCCGCGGUCCAAGAUCAUUAAUUUGUGGAUUGCUGAAGAGGGAUUACUUGAUCCGAUAACAGACCAAUAUGGACAGCAAUUUUUGUUUGGAAUGAUUGGACUAGAAGAGUUCAAUCUUCUACGAAAUACUCCUGAGCAAGUGCUCGACUUGGAAAAUUAUGCUGUGGAGUAUUUGGAGGAUCUUGCUUCAAAAACUCUCGUCAUGGUCCACCAAAAGAGCACGACGAGAGCUGUGAUCAGAAGGAGUUGGGCUCAAGGUAUAAAAACAUGUGGCCUUCACUCUUCUUGGUGGCACCUCUGCCACAGAGAAGCUACCAAGAGGAAUGUUUUCUACAUCCUAACCAGUCUAGAAGACGGUGUAGGAGAAGACAUCAAAGGCCAGACGACGUUGUCCAUCCACCAGAACGUCUUGUUUGGCAUCAAAGAUGUGUACGAAUCAAUGGUGGAGAAUUGUGCAUCAUCUGCACGUUCUCUCUUAUGCUUUGGUCCAUACCAUCAGUAUCAAGUACCAGUGUGUUUUGAGCUCAGAUCACUGCAGCAUCUUGAUGCUCUCAACAUCCGUUUCUACAAGUUCCCUCUUGCAGCAACGGAACUAGUUGAGUUAAGGUACCUUGCUCUCACGUGCAACGGGAAGGUCCCUCCAUCCAUAUCCAAACUCCAGAAGCUCAAGUUCUUGAUUAUCCAUCAACAUUUUAACAUCAAAUUUCGUGGUGUUUCAUCGUAUCUGCCUAUGGAGAUAUGGGAUAUGAAAGAUUUGAGGUAUAUGCGGAUCAUGGGAAGUGACUUACCAUCAGGUGACUCUGUCUUGCCAAAUCUCUCAAAACUUUUACAUGUGAGCAGCCACAGUUGCACCAAGAGUGUAUUUGAGGGACUUCCCAAUCUAAGGAAGUUAGGAAUUCAAAUCGAAUUGACACCUUUUGGUGCUGAACCCCCUACCUACUUUGAUCACAUCUCCCUUCUCGAUGGAUUAGAGUCACUCAAAUGUGUUGUCGUGAAUCCUGAUUUCACGCCUAAGUUGAUUCCCCAACCAUCUCUCCCAAAUUUCCCAUCUCAUCUGGAGAAGUUAACUCUGACUGGGUUGGGUUGUUCAUGGGAAGAAAUGAGCAAGAUUGCUUCAUUGCAGAAGCUUGCAGUGCUGAAACUGCGAAGCAAUGCCUUUCGGGGACCAAAGUGGGAUUUCAAGGAGCACAGAUUCGUGAAACUUGAAUACCUUCUGAUUGAAGACUGUGAUUUGGAGAAAUUGGAAAUUGGAGAUGAAAGCUUCGAUGAUCUUCAGUACAUGUGCAUGAAGCACUGCUACAAAUUGAAGGAGAUCCGCGUCGAAUCUGAGCUUGCUAUUUCAAAUAUUGAAAUAGUUGACUGCAACACUUUAGCUGAAAAGCAAAUCAAGAAGGCUAUGUUAAGAUGCAACAGAUUAAUCCACAAUUUUUCUGUCCAUUCUUCAUGGAUGAAAUCAUGA